UAGCCUUAGAAUCAACAAUUGUACACUCAAAAAAUCAUAGUAGAAACUUGAUCUAUUCCAAUAUAAUCAUAUCAUAUACAUGGCUUCGAAAAUGCAAGUAUUGUUUUUGGCUUUCCUUUCCAUGACGUCGAGUUUCAUAGUCUGUCAAGCAAACUCUGGCUAUGGCUAUGGUUUUGGGUGGGGUAGCGGGGGUGGAAAUAACUAUAACUCGCUGUCACCUUACUUCUAUGACUUCUCCUGUCCCCAAGCCAACGACAUUGUUGUUUCUGUUUUGGAGAAUGCCAUUUCUCAAGACCCUCGUAUGGCUGCCUCUUUGCUUAGGCUACAUUUUCAUGACUGCUUUGUUCAGGGGUGUGAUGCUUCUAUCCUGCUAGAUGAUAGCGCGGCCUUUGUAAGCGAAAAAAGGGCGAAGCCAAAUGUGAAUUCCUUGAGAGGUUUUACAGUGAUUGAUAUAAUCAAAGCCAGGUUAGAAGAAGAAUGCCCUGAGACUGUCUCUUGUGCUGAUAUCUUGGCCUUGGUAGCUCGCGGUGCCACUGUCUUGAGUGGUGGACCAGGUUGGGAGGUUCCAUUAGGAAGAAGGGAUUCAAAAGCAGCAAAUAUGUUGCUUGCAAAUGCAACUAUUCCCCCUCCUAUCCUUACAGCACAAAAGCUUAUAGCAUCAUUCAAACAACAAGGCCUUGACGAAGUUGAUCUUGUCGCCCUAUCAGGAGCACAUACUAUUGGGGUGGCGAGAUGUACGAGUUUUAAGGCAAGAUUAUACAGCCAAAAUGGUAACAGUGAAGCAGAUGUGAGCCUAGAAAAGGCAUACUUAAAUGAAUUGAAGUCAGUUUGUCCUUCAUCAGGGGGUGAUAACAAUAUUACCCCAUUAGAUUAUGCAAGUCCAAGAUCCUUCGACAACACUUACUACAAGCUCAUCUUGGGAGGCAGAGGACUUUUGUUUACUGAUCAACAACUUUACUCAGGAAAUUAUGCCACCCUAGCUCAAUUGGUUAAGUCUUACGCUGAUGAUGAAGGCUUGUUCUUUGAUCAAUUUGCUAAGUCCAUGGUUAAAAUGGGAACAAUUAGCCCUCUUUUAGGGUCUAAUGGUGAAGUUAGGAAGAAUUGCCGUCGUGCUAAUUAAUUACUUUAUAUUAUUCCUACCUCCUUAAUUAGGAUCAUUGCCUUUCUGAUAAUUUACUGGAUUCUUGUUUAAGUUUAAGUUUAAGUUUUAAGUUUGUGAAUUCAUUCUAUGGUUAAUUUCAUCGGUUGAAGAUAAAACCGCGAUAAUAUCUAAGGUUAACCUUGUAAUAUGUAAGGUUAAUUUGAUUGGUGUGUGUCUAAGUAUCUUGGAUUCCUUGCAAUAAUGAAAUUCUUAUGAAAUCUAGUAAGGGUUUUAAUGAAGAUUUUUAUUGUACUUUUA